CGCACCCAUAUGCAUUUGCUGCUAUUUUGAGAGAACUGAGGUCUUCUGGUGAGCAAAGGAAAACAAGAUAACUUUUCAAAUAAAACUGGACCAGGGGAACCGAAUUUUCAGUUACUGUUGUUCUUGGAUCAUUAUUGGAUCGUUACUUAUCUAUAAUUCGUUGGCUUUGGAUUUAUUUACUUCCCGAAUUAGUUGAAAUAGGGUGAAGUUUCAUGCAUGGUUCGUGGCUCCAUUUCUGAGCCCAUCGAGAGCUCUUGUUCACAUCAACACAUCACCAUCAUGGGGUGUUUCGGGAAUGGUAUGCCGCGAGAAGAAAAAGAGGCAGAGAGGAGGAGAAAAGAUGCCAACAAACGUAUUGAAAAACAACUUCAAAAGGAUAAACAAGUGUACAGGGCUACACAUCGCCUAUUAUUACUUGGCGCUGGGGAAUCGGGUAAAAGCACAAUUGUGAAGCAAAUGAGGAUAUUGCACGUCAACGGUUUUAGUACAGAGGAAAGGAAAUUGAAAGUUGAAGAUAUAAAGAAGAAUAUUCGAGAUGCAAUUUUGACUGUCACAGGAGCAAUGAGUACUCUCUCACCACCUAUACAGUUAGCCAACCCUAACAACCAAUUCCGAUUGGACUACAUUCAGGAUGUUUCAAGUGCACCGAAUUUCGCCUACCCAGACGAAUUCUGGGAACAUACAAUUGCAUUGUGGGAAGACAAGGGUGUGCAAAUGUGCUUUGACAGAUCGAAUGAAUAUCAGCUUAUAGAUAGCGCAAAGUAUUUUUUAGACCAAGUUAAUGUAAUCAAGGAACCAAACUAUAGUCCAACAGAACAGGAUAUUCUGCGAUGUCGUGUCUUAACCUCAGGCAUCUUUGAAACAAAGUUCCAAGUUGAUGGUGUCAAUUUUCACAUGUUUGAUGUUGGAGGGCAGAGAGAUGAAAGAAGAAAAUGGAUUCAGUGCUUUAACGAUGUGACAGCUAUUAUCUUCGUGGUGGCUUGCAGUAGCUAUAAUCUAGUGUUGAGAGAAGAUCCGAAUCAGAAUAGAUUGCGAGAAUCGCUGGAUUUGUUCAAAAGCAUUUGGAACAAUAGGUGGUUGAAAACAAUUUCCAUAAUCCUAUUUUUGAACAAGCAGGAUUUAUUAGCUGAUAAAAUCAAGGCAGGAAAAUCGAAAUUAGAGACCUACUUCAGUGAAUUUGAUUCAUAUUCAUUACCGCAGGAUUCUACAUUGGAAUCAGGUGAGGAUGCGGGAGUUGCCAGAGCCAAGUACUUUAUUCGUGAUGAGUUCCUGAAAAUCAGCACGGCAAGCGGUGAUGGAAGACACUACUGCUAUCCUCAUUUUACAUGCGCUGUGGACACAGAAAACAUCAAAAGGGUGUUCAACGACUGCCGCGACAUCAUACAACGCAUGCAUCUCAGGCAAUACGAACUUCUGUGACAACGUUUCAACACAAAGGCGAGCGGAAUAGCGACAAUGAUGACGAUGGGCAGAAACUGUACAUAAGAUCAAACUGAUAAAACAAAAUUCUGUGUCAACAUAAUGUAUACCUAAUACCCUAGGCUUCUGCAGUCUACCUGCUUCGGAAGGAUUUUUAUCUAAGAGUACCGGUUAUCAGAGAAGCCUGAAGUAGCGUUUUACCAAGAGGUCGCUUUGAGUGUACUAUCAUGUGAUGGAUGCAAGAGUGAUUUAGUGGGAUGUACACAAUCAUUUCUUAACCUUUAACCUUGAAACUGUGCACAAUUAGAUUUGGAAGGAACACAAUAUGGUAGCUGAAAAAACAUGCACCAGUUCAUAGGAAAUAGCGUGUGCGUUUUACACGUAGACUGAUUGUGGUUACGUGAGUACAAUCCUCUUGACGAGCCAACUGUACCUUUCGCUAGUAGGCCUAACAGUUACAAGCCUUUCUUCCCUCUUCUGUUUCAAAACUACUAUUUUGUCGUUGUGACUGAAUUCUUUUAAGUGCAUUUUACUUGUUGAUGGUUGGGUCAGGAUGGGAUGAUAUGCCGUACAUUGUCAAUAGUCUUGGACUCCCGUUGUUGCACAUACAGCGUGUGCUACGUAGGGUAACGUGUAAAACCUUUUUAGACUGCCCUCCAACCCACUCCUUUCCUAUCAGCUAUCUUCAGCACUUCACCCUGUAUAUUUUUGUAAAGUCGGUGACAUUUUUUUUCUCGAUAUAAGGAAUAUGAUGGAGGAAAAAAAAUCCAAUGACAAUUCUAAAAGUGAUGCUAUAUAUAGAGAGAAGGAGUGUUGUGGUUAUCAGUUUAUCUGCUAAUGUUAUAAGGGAGGGUAUCUAAAUAGAAAUCUGUUGUCCAAUUUUCUGUAUAAAAAAAAGUACCAACUACUGUAGUUAGAAGCAUAGAGUGAGUUGGAAAGGAUGCAUGUAAAAAUUUGACCAAUAGCUUUUGAGACAAGGUAUUCUGAAUCUAUUUAUUUAUCUAUCUUCGCAGUAUCGUACUGUGUCAAGCUGUGUUUAAAACGUAGGUUAAGAAUGUAAGGUUUCUGCCACUUAAUGGAGAGAAAGUUCAGCCCCAGGAAAACUACCUAACUUAUAGUGUUGCUCUUACUAAAAGUCUUUAUUUUUUGAAUCUGAAACAAAAAUUCAUAAUUUAUAUUUGUGUUUCCUUUGUAAAUAUUGGAUUUAUCCAGGGUGGAACAUUUUAAACGCAUUUCUACAGUCUGUGUAUUUCAGACCUACUAUAAUCAAUAACAGGUUGAUGAAAACAAAUUUUCCACAAAAGUAAUGAUACUAAAACGAAUUUGAUGACAAAAUAACCUAAACAUAAUUAUAAUUCCCAGUUUUUGUUGUCAUUUGGAUUUAUAAACUUCUCCUUUAAAAGUGAACUUUUUAAACAAUUUCAUAUCAUUUUUAAUAUAAAUAAUAUUCUUGAUUUUCAUUGUCAAAGAAAAGUUGGAAGGAGUAUGAUUUGAUAAUGUGCUACAUAUCAACAUAAUUCCCGUGUUGUUUGAACACAUGCUUGGACAGGGAUUCCCAGAGCAAACCCUUGGAACUUAUUUUGUUCUAUUAAGGCGAUCAGAUACGUAGUUACUUGUGUCUGUAAACUUUAUUACAUUUCUUUAAUGUUCUGUAAUUUAAGCUUCGUGAUGGAAGAUACAAAAAUUGUAAUUAGAUUGAUUAAUUAAUUAGAGUAAUUAAUUAAUUAAUUAGAUUGAUUGCAAAUGUGAAUGUCUGAUUUAUUUUAUUACAUGUGAUGAAAUUGAUAAACUUGUAUAAACAAAAACUUGUUGUUUAUAUAAUUGCUAAGAUGUUUCAGUGUUCAGAGAAAAGCAUUGUGGGUUAAAUAAACAGAAACGAUCUGGGUGAGUGUAAGUGUGCACAUUGAAAAGAAAACCCUUGGGUUUGCCUUUCCCCGGUCAGUUAACCUGCGGGUCCCCCUGCCUUUUGUUUCAUGCGCAGGUGUGUACAUAUACAACUUGUACUGGUGCUUCUAUACUACCUGUAUUGAAUCAGUGCACUACUAACUCACCGUCUCUUGUAAUGUGCAGAUUUGUGUUUUUAAAUUAAAUUUCGGUAUGAUGCCACACACUGCGUGUUGGAAAUGGGCGAAACUGUACACAGUGUAAUUAAAAUGCUGUGUGUUUAUGAAUAACCAACAGGUGUGUUAAAUAGGUUGAUAUACAGGUGAGCUCAUUGCACCUGUAGUAUAUUAAGGUGUACUUAUUUCUGAUCAGUUUGUAGAUAUGUGGCGUCUAAAAAAAAAAAAACCAACCUGGUGUCCAUGAUGAUGUGAAUGGUAUCAAUGGUAACAUUUACCCAAGUGAGUGGUUAAGCCAGUUGUUACACUGCAGAAUAUUUGCCAUUAUCUGCCUUCUCUGGCACUCCCCUUCCCUCUACCCCUCCCCUUCCCCUUCAGUAGAACUGGCAAUUUUCAGAUGUAUAAUAUAAUAUGUAGGUUUAAUAAGUUUGUAUUGGUUUAAAAAAAAAAAGCUAUUGAAAUCUGAUUGGCAUUUAAUGAUGAUGAAUUUUGCAUCAUGAGAUGUUGUGUUCUGUGCUGAGUAACAUGACUGAAGCCAUUGAUUGCUGUAGUUAUAAGAUGAUGUUAUUUUAGCUUGUAUAUAAAGUCAUAGAUUGUGCCGACCGUUGCAAAAAAUAGGCUGGUCAUUCUGGUAUUAUGUGUUUUUAAAGAAUAGGGAAACCUUAUGAUUAUCCCUCAAGUGAACGUUAUAACUCCAUUAUUGUGGGUUACUUUUCAACUUGAGAUCAUGCAGUGAAACGAAGCUGUUAGUUAAUAAGCUCAAAUAAAAAACAAACAAGUCUUUCCCUGUCUGAAUACCCAUCAAUUUUAUAUUUUAAAAAUAUCUUAAUAUAUACCACCAGUUAAAUGGAACAUCCCAGACUGGUAUGAGCAAUCCUCUAUUAUGGGAAUUGGUGUCCACGUUAUAUCGGUCUUUAAUAAAAGUUCGUCAAAGUGCAAUCUGGACCAUUAAUCUGCAAAAAUGAAUACAUAUUAUCAAUUUUUUUCAAAAUAAAUAGGGAAAUAAAUUGAAUUCCCUUUUCUACACAAAAUUAAAAACAAAUUGAGUGAGCUUGAAUCAAAUAGCUUAUAUUAUAUUGCUGAUUAUUUAAUUCAUGGUCUCAAUUUUUUAUUUCAGAAUGGAAAACAUUUUUAUGCCCCGGUAGCUAUUGUUCUCUAUUCUUGGGUGUUGUUCUACUACUUUCUUUGCUAUUUUAUUGUCAUGGUUCCUACAAGAAUUAGCAAUGCUUGAUUUUAAAUCAAAGUUAAAAUUCUUGUUCACUGAAAUCAGGGAGGAAAAAUUAAAUUAAUGAAAUAACAGAGUUUAGAAUGUUAAUUACCGUAACAAUUACACAAUUAAGAAAAAGAGCAAUCAGUCAUUUUGUCCCAGGCUGUAUUUCUAAAAAUAGACUUUGAUCAUAGAACCCUAUGUAUUUAAAGACUGCUGUGUAGACUUGGACACGUGUAUGUAAACAGUGUGGUCCACGGCAAUAGGAAGCUUUCCAUCAUGACGAAAACAAGGCGCUAGGAUGCUAUUACUUGUUCGUUUUUGGCGUAGAUCAGCCGGUAACAUGUCCUCAAAUUUGCAGGUCAACAAGAACUCAAUUUUGAUUCAUACGCCGAUGGUUUUAUGUGACGUUAUCACAUCUUAGGUCUUGCCACCGUUGUAGUAUCGAAAGCUUCCUAAUACCAUAGCAGGGCGUAGUGUAUUACAGGAACAGUCACCCUCACACAGCAGGUUUCCUUGUGUGUAGACAGUUGCUCAAACAAUGACCUUUAAACUGCGGGGUGUUCUUUUGUGGCGACAGUUACUGGAAGAGCAAAUUUCUAACCCUAAUUCAUGCACAAACUAUUAAUGCUGAGUGCCUUCAAAUGUACUUUUCAUUUUCUUUACUUUUUUUCGGAUUUAUAAAUCAUGUGGUAUUUGUUAUCAAUCACUGUUUUAUUAUAUUUUUUAAAAAUGUUUUGUUUUUUAUUAUUAUUAUGUUAAUAUCAAAACUAUGGACCAAUGCUGUAGGUUAAGCGACCAGAUAAACAAUGUAGAGUGUGAAGUAAGAUCCCCCGUUACUUGGACUAUUACUAUCAAUGAUGUUAUCAUAUCAUAGGAUAGGAUUGUACAUAAGUAUAUCACAACAACUUGGUCUGUAUAAUGUAUGCCAUCACCUAUCAAGACCGAUUAUCAAUCGUAUUUUGUUGUUUUGUUGCGUUGUCUGAAGAUUUAACAAUCUUACUUUAAGCCCUGUCUUGAUUAUCAAAUUCUAUUUGACAGUAACAUGUGACAUGCCUAUAUAUGGUCAUGAUGACAUCACAUCAUGACCAUAUAUAGGCACAUCAUGACUACAGUAUAUAUGGGCAGACAACAGCUUUUUUGUCAAAUAAAAUUUCGUAGUCUGGACAGGGUGGGGUUAUUGUCUAUGAAAGUUCACAUUCGAAAUAGCAGUUUUAUGUUUGGAUAUAUGCUUGAGUGUUAUCAUACAGGUACAUAUACAUGUGUAGGAUGUAUAAAUGCCUGUAUGUGCAUAGCGGUGUAUAUAUGCAUACAUAGUUAUAAAGGAUAUAUAUUUCUUCCCCCCACCCCCUUUUAAAAUUCAUAUUGUUUAACUUUGAAGGUAUUUCGAUCAUAAGAGAAUGAUACAGUGUUGUAAUUGGCCAGUUUGGAAACUUACUAUAAUCAAGAAAUACCUUUUUGAUGGGUCAUUUCAGUCUGCCUCCUCAUCAUCCAAACAUUUUUAUCAGGUUUGUUGUGUGACAUUUGUGUCUCGUUUACUGAUUUGAGAAGCAUAUGAAAUGAGUCACAACUAUUACUUAGUAGCAAUGCCAAACUAACUUAUUUCUAUAUUUUGUAAAUACCUCCUUAAGCACAGCAUUUGUUGUAAUUGCUACGAAAAAUAAACCGAGAAAAAAAUGCGUUCUGAUGUUGGCCAUUAAAAUGGAGACAUAUUGAAGAAAACACCACCACAAUAGCCCUGUAAUAUAAACAUUUAAGAAUACUGUUAACUUGUCUGUCGUUGAGGGCGGUGUUAACUUGUCUGUUGUUGAGGGCGGUGUUAGCCUGACUGCUAGUAAUUGCUCUUUGGAUACUGUUGCUGUACACAUUAUGAGCAGCUUUUUCCUUCAGUAAAUGUUAGGAUAGAUAAACAGGAAA